AUGGGUACCAGUGAUGGUACCGGGGAUGGUACCAGUGAUGGUACCGGGAUGGUGCCGGUGAUGGUACCGUGGAUGGUACCGGGGAUGGUUCUAGUGAUGGUUCCAGUGAUGGUACUGGGGAUGGUACCGGGGAUGGUACCGGGGAUGGUACGGGGGAUGGUUCUAGUGAUGGUACUGGGGAUGGUACCGUGGAUGGUACCGGGGAUGGUUCUAGUGAUGGUUCCAGUGAUGGUACUGGGGAUGGUACCAGGGAUGGUACGGGGGAUGGUACCGGGGAUGGUACCGGGGAUGGUUCUAGUGAUGGUUCCAGUGAUUGUACUGGGGAUGGUACCGGGGAUGGUACCGGGGAUGGUUCUAGUGAUGGUACCAGUGAUGGUACCAGUGAUGGUACCGAGGAUGGUACUGGGGUUGGUACCGGGGAUGGUAAACCCCACGAUCACGGGGACGGUGAACAACUAA